GUAAGUGUCCAACUUUGUACUGCAUUUCUACUUGUGCCGUGAGUAACGAGAAAAUGGAGGACAGGCUCGCGAAAUGUAAAGCGUGUUUUUUUAACGGGACGAAACGAGCUGUGUGUGAAUGAAGUGAGUGGGUGAUAAAGCGCACACUGUUAACUGCAGGAAUUUACCGCUUCUCGUACAUGGCGAAGAUGCAGAUCAGGCUGGAGUGGAAGCGACACACGUGCAUAAUCCAUUUUAUGUUGGGGGUGGCGGGGGACUGUGCCCCCUAAAAGGACCAUGUGCUCCAGUAGGACCUCAAAGAUCUACUAAGUUUACACAAGAAUCCACCUGGGUGGGAGCUUUAGCUAACAUUCAUAGUUGAGCGGUGUGUGUAUGUGUGAGAGAAGGUCUGUGAAUUUAUUUUUCUUAUUUUUUCUUUCCUCUGCUUCUGCAAUUGACUUGGUAUGUGUAAGUGAGUAAGCGAGUGAAUUUGCCAGCAUGCAGGGGUGGGGUUGUCUGUGAGUGUGUACCAUAGGUUAGGGUGGGUCCACCCAUGCGGCCGAAAACUUUCCCUGCCGCCCCGUAUGUGGGCAACACUCGACAACGGCUCCAGGAGAUCAAGGAAGGACUGAAACAGCCAGCUAAGCUGGUGAGCCAGGCUCUGCAUGGAGGAAGUGGCCGAGGAGAAGGGAGCAGAGUGGGAGACUGCAAAGGUAAAGACCAGGCUGGUCGUCAGCAGCAACUUCGUCAGCCCCCGAAGUUCAACAACUACCAGAAUGCCCUGCGAGAGAUUCGCAAGUCUCUCAUGCCUUUUGCCAAUGAGUCUGGUCCAGCAUCCAGCUCCUCACAUUCAGGCGGAGACGUAAACAGGCAGAUGCUGCAGGAACUCGUCAAAGCUGGGUGUGAUCAGGAAAUGGCAAUACGUGCAUUGAAGCAAACUGGCAGCCGUAACAUCGAGGCAGCAUUAGAGUACAUCAGUAAGAUGGGCUACCUUGACCCUCGCAAUGAGCAGAUUGUACGAGUCAUCAAACAGACUUCUCCAGCCAAAGGUGGCAUUGCAAAUGCAGAUCCUAGGCCAGCAAUGGAGACUUCCAGUGAAGGUGCUAUGCCUGGUUACCACCAGAUGGGACCACCGCUAUAUGAGGGAGGUGGAUAUGGGUCAGAGGGAGAAAUGGCACGUUCUUAUAUGGGUGGACCACCAGUCAUGAACUACAUGAUGCCAUCUUCUAACACAGCACAGGGUCCUUCAAUGGGGAGCCCUAUGGCUCGCCCUCCCAGCAUGGGUGCUUAUCCACCAACCAUGACAUCACAGAAUGCCCAAGGAACCACAAUUUACCCCUCUGGUCCUGCUCAGCAGAAAGGCUAUACAGGGGGCAUGGAUCAAGCAAUGAUGGGCUAUAAUGUGUCUGGUCCACCCAUGCAGCUCCAGUCCCAGCCACCAGGGGGACCCAGUCCUCAUUAUGACUACAGAUCCCAUAUAAUGGAGCCGUCUGGCUAUAGUGUCAAACGGAGUGCUUCUUUUCAGAAUAAGAUGCCUCCUCUAGCACCAGACAACUAUGUCAAUAUGCAAGGCAAAGGGGCUAUAGGUCAAAAUGGUGGCGGAUACCCCUCUAACCUUUACCUGCCUCCUCACUCACACCCCCGCCAGGCCAGCCCAACUUCACACCAGGUCCACAUGAUGUCACGCUCACCUGGAGGAGCAGCUGCAGCAGCUGCUAUGGGUCCUGAGUUCUCAGAUAUACCUCAAGGUCUUCUCACUCCUUCCAGGGCCAGUCUCAACCUUGACCUGUAUGACCACCACUGGGCUGGUGCUCAAGGCCCAGAGGCAGCACCUCAAGCCAGGCAGCCACAGGGGCCCUUCAGAGGGGAAGUACGUGUCCCCAGCAGAACAAAUUCUUUUAACAACCACCAAAAAGUAAAUGUUAGACAGGCAAUGCCCUCUGCAACCAAUGUAUCUAACAAACAAGACUCUGGAAUCGGGCCACCAAACACUAUCACUGCAGUGACCUCUCCACCAAUCCAGCAGCCUGUGAAGAGCAUGAGAGUAAUGAGACCAGAGCCAAAGACUGCAGUUGGACCAUGCCACCCAGGCUGGUUAGCAGCACAGGGCCAAGAUACUUCGGACACUCAUGGGUACCUACCAGAUGAAGGUUUUACCCUGGAAUCCUCCCAGGAGCCCCGAUGUCCGCCACCACCGUACCCCAAAAUGCUGCUAAUGUCUGGAGCCACAGGUGUACAGGAGACUGCACCCUUAGAACCUGGAGGCAUUGCUGGACCUCCAGACCACAGUGCCUCAGGAAGGCCUGUCCCAAGCGCCCCUGCAGGAAAGCCAGAAGAGCGUGCCACCAAAGACAAAGCAAAGUCAGGGAAAGGCGAAAGGUUCCUUAAGGAUAAGAAGCAGAUUCAGACAUCACCAGUCCCAGUUCGGAGGAAUGCUCGUGAUGAAGAAAAAAGGGAGUCACGUAUAAAGAGCUAUUCUCCCUUUGCUUUUAAAUUCUACAUGGAGCAGCAUGUAGAGAAUGUGAUGAAGAUCUACCAGCAAAAGCUAAAUCGUAGACUGCAACUGGAGCAAGAGAUGUCUAAGGCUGGUCUGUCGGAAGCAGAGCAGGAGCAGAUGAGAAAAAUGCUAAACCAAAAGGAGUCCAACUAUAAUCGACUGCGCCGUGCCAAGAUGGAAAAAUCUAUGUUUGUAAAAAUUAAAACGCUUGGAAUCGGGGCCUUCGGAGAGGUCUGUCUGACCCGUAAAGUGGACACAGGAGCUUUGUAUGCAAUGAAGACUCUUCGAAAGAAAGACGUCCUAAACCGCAACCAGGUGGCUCAUGUUAAAGCAGAACGGGACAUUCUUUCAGAGGCUGAUAAUGAAUGGGUAGUCAGACUGUACUACUCAUUUCAGGAUCGGGACAGCCUGUAUUUCGUUAUGGACUACAUUCCUGGGGGAGACAUGAUGAGCCUACUAAUUCGUAUGGGGGUUUUUCCGGAGCCGUUAGCCAGGUUUUAUGUGGCAGAACUGACACUUGCCAUCGAGAGCGUGCAUAAGAUGGGUUUUAUCCACAGAGACAUCAAACCUGAUAACAUCCUCAUUGACCUGGAUGGACACAUCAAGCUUACCGAUUUUGGUUUGUGCACAGGGUUCCGUUGGACACACAACUCAAAGUAUUAUCAGAAAGGGAACCAUAUCCGCCAGGAUAGUAUGGAACCCAGUGACUUCUGGGAUGAUGUGUCUAACUGUCACUGUGGUGACCGGUUGAUAACACUGGAACAACGGGCAAACCGCCAACAUCAGCGCUGUCUUGCACACUCCCUAGUGGGCACUCCCAAUUACAUUGCCCCUGAAGUGCUACUGCGAAAAGGAUACACUCAGCUGUGUGACUGGUGGAGUGUGGGAGUGAUUCUGUUUGAGAUGCUAGUGGGCCAGCCUCCAUUCCUUGCCCCAACCCCUACAGAAACACAGCUUAAGGUGAUCAAUUGGGAGAACACUCUGCAGGUGCCACCACAAGUCAAGCUGAGUCCUGAGGCCAUUGACAUCAUAGGCCGUCUCUGCUGUUCAGCAGAGGAGCGUCUGGGAGGAAAUGGUGCUGGCGAGAUAAAGACCCACCCUUUCUUUGCUCAGGUGGACUUCUCUAGCAACCUUCGUACUCAGCCCGCUCCGUACAGACCUAAGAUUGCUCACCCAAUGGACACAUCCAACUUUGAUCCAGUGGAAGAAGAAGGUGGCCCAGGGGCAUGGAGUGACAGUGGAGACAGCACUCGGGCUUGGGACACCCUCUGCUCGCCGAAUAGCAAACACCCUGAACACGCUUUCUACGAGUUUACCUUCCGCAGGUUCUUUGAUGAUCAUGGCUGCCCGUUCCGUUAUCCUAAGCCUAUUGGAGAAACACAAGGUCCCCCCAGCAGUAGUGGCGCUAGCAGCUUGGGCCCCGAAGAGGAAGAGGAAGAGGAGGAGGAAGAAGUAGAGGGCAGAGAGGAGGAGCAAGAAGAGGGAUGUGAGCCUGUAUAUGUGUGAGACAUGGAAUGGUGUCAAAUGCUGAUUUGGCUUCACCAGUGUGGCUUUAAUUAAAUGAAACACAAUACACCAGACAGGACUGUUAAGGUUUGGUUAAAAUGGGUGAAUGAAGCAUGAAAAGAGAAAAAAUUAUGGCAUGUGAAAUGCAUAGUAUGACUUUAACAUUAUCAUGCAAAAUCUUUUACUUGUUCAUAUGUACGUCUAACGGAAACUGCAAUCUUGGACCAAGAAGUGUGGACUAAAACAGAUUCAGUGUGACAUAGGAUUCUGUGUCUCUCUGCACAUUUCUCUGUCAGGAAAGGAGAUGCUGCAAUUCCUAUUUCCAGAUGAGUAACUGUGAUUGUGGUCACUGGACUUAAUCAGUGCAGGGCUAAACCAGCGGUGGUGUUAUCUGAUGAUUGAGAACCAUGUGUGGCAUAUGACCACACGACUUAAUCAAAAUCCUUUUACCCUAAUAAUAUGCGGACCCAAAUACAUUUCAUGUGUGUUGUUUGUUCUGCAAGUAUCUGUAGAGACACCCAUGUGAAUCUACCAAGAAUUUAAAAGGAGUGACUCAUUUAAACCUUGAAGGGUUUAUAUAGUAGACACUAAAAAUAGAUGUAGUCUAUUUGGAGUCGACAAGUCCCAGGAGAAAAUGCACCUAAAUGAAGAUAAGAUAUGGCUCAGGUUGUUUUCCUCCUUGUGUUAAAGGAGACGUGUAUUAAUUACAGAAUACGUUGGUUUGAACGUGAUUUCACGAUGUCUCCUAGUGUUUUCAAAAACACAGAAUAACACUCAAACUGAAAAAAUUAUAUAUAUAUAUAUAUAUAUAUAUAUAUAUAUAUAUAUAAUUUUUUAUUUUUUACAUAUGUUACAUAUUCUGACUUUAUCUGCACUUCAGAGCUUUCACAGUUAUGACAUUAUUGUACUAGCAGAUUGUGUCACAGCACAGGAGUUUAGGAAUAAUACUUGCUUUCCAGUUUCCAGCAUUACUCUUGGUAUCUGAACCUUCCCCAAUGCUUUAAUAUUUGCACCUAGGCAUCAUCAGUUAUUUAUUGUAGCCUAUAUAUAGCAAUCAAUAUGUCCAGCCCAAUAUACAGUCCUAACAGUCGGGGGGCUUACUAAAAAGAAAUAUCCUUGUGUAAAUUCACUGCCAACACUUGUACUCAAAUAUAUAUAAAUAUUUAAAUUUGGCCAUUUUUAUCACACAUGCAUACACACACUGUACAGUUUUAAAACAUGAAGUCUCUGCCUAAAAUAUAAAUAAUCUUAUAAAACAGUAGUGAAAGUGUUAAGAACUAUUAAAGUGUCAGAAGAAAAUUAACUGUAUGGGAUUCCUAUGUGCAAUACAAAAUAUAUAUUAUAUAAUGUUCUAAUCAUACAAGCCACCCUUUAAAUCAAUACUGAAAUACACUAUGUAAAAAUAUUGGGUUUUUUCCCCCUCAAUAUAGAUCCCUGACCCAGUGCUGCUCUUGUUAUUGAUGUUACAUUAUUACCAUACUUUUAUACAUUUUAUACCUUUUUUUUUCUUUUGUAAAAUGCAUGCUGUUGGUUGACGGUGUCAUUGACACUAGACGUGACGAACCGUGUGCUUUCUAAUGAAUGUGUGGGUGUGUCCACCACAUGCUGAUCAGUAUUUAAGACGGAGAUGGAAACAUACUUUUCCCUUCACUCAGGCUGGUCCUAAAUGUUUGGGAAAAGGUGUUUAGAAGAGAGCGUGGAAGUGAAAAACUAAAGAUUUGAAUGAAAAUUAGUUAUUAAAAUGUUAAAGAUAUAAAAAGACAAAGUGGAUUUGAAUGGAUGUUAUAUGCCUGUUUUCUUGAGUGAGAUGAUUUUGAAGUUAUUGUAUUGAAUUCAAAAGUUGAGUCCAUCUAAUUAACUUUUUUUGUGAAGAGAAGACUUGACACUAAGUAACUGAACAAAACCAACUCUUUAAUGCUAAUUGACAAUCAUUAAUGCAUUUUUCACGUUUUUGUUUUAAGAUUAUUGAAUAUCUGAUUGGAAAAACUUAAUUAAAUAUCCAAUCCAUGAUGGGGUCUCAUAAGUAGUUAAACAUAACUGAUUUAAAGAACAUUUACCACAAUUUGUAUUGCAUGAGUUAAUACUAACAUCAUAUAUUUUUAUCCCAGUGAGACCUAACAGUAAAUGUGCCAGAUGCUUGACUGAUCCAUAUUCAUCAGGAUGGAAGUGAACAUUUCUAGAGACAGACUUCAUAGAACAAUUUAGGUGUCAUGUGAGUGUGUUUUGGUUUGGAUGGAUUUUCUGUAUUUUAUUUUGAAAGUGCUGACUGACAAUCUUUGGUUGAUGAUAACUGAUAUUGGACUUUAGCGUGCUUUUUUUGUAUUUCAGUGCUUGAGUCGGGUGGAACUUUUUGACUUCUGUGAUCUUUCUUAAUGUAUUAUAAAAUACAGCUACUAUUGAAUAUAUAAAUAUAUAUAUAUUUAUACAGAUAUACAUAUUUUUUUGUAUCUUUUUGUUUUUCAUUUUCUGAGCUAACUUCUGAACCUCUGUGUCUUCAGUAUUACAGACAGUUAAUAUUUGGAUUCAUAUCUUUUUUUUUUUUUUUAUACAUGUAUGAACCAAGAAUUUGUUAAAUAUGCUUUCACUGUUUUCACAUGUGUAGAUGUAUAUUCCUAAAUUAAAUUAAAUAAAUGAAUCUU